AUGAAGUUCGAGACGAAGAAGGGGCGCUACAACAUGGACGUCGGUUGCCGAGCUUUGCGCGACUUCCGCGGCAUGGUGGAGAGUGAAGCCCCGCGGAAGCCGAAGUGUGAGAUGCCGCAGUCUCUGGCGCUCAAGCAGGCGGUUGACGAGAAGUCCAAGCCCGCGGAACAGUUGGACGGCCAGGCUGAUCAAGCGUGGCAGGCCCCUGAUGUGCACGAGGCUCUCCUCCAUGGCUUCGACAAGUUCGAGGCAGACGUGCAGUCCUUGGCGGCGCUGGUGCAGAACACCUACAACCAGUGCAAGAAGGUGGGCGAGGAGGACGCGGCGCCAGUCGCAGCCCAAGGCGCGCCCGCUGCUGCAGAGGCGCCCGCGAAGCCGGAGGAGCCCAACGACCUGGAGGAGGACGAGGCGGCGACGAGGGCACGCAGGAAGGCCGCUGUGCAGAGGAUCAAGGACGAGUCCAAGUCCCGCCUGCAUGCCCGCGCGGCGCCGAGCUCGACCUCCACGCCAGCAACCGCAGGCGCCAAAAACCUCAACAAGGAACCAAAGGGGGCGGCGGGCAGAUGGGCGAUAGGGGUGCUGGCGUGGCUCCUGGUCGUCUUCAGCGUCGUCUCCGCCAUCAUUACUAGGUGGGGCCAGCUGGCCAGCAAGCGCCAGAACCGGCCUGGCAGCGACGUGGGCAUUUUCAUGACGCCCGCGACGAAGUCGGAGCACGGCAACACUAGCGGCGAGUUCAUCGUCAUUCGGUCGCAUGUGGCGGCCACGGGAUACGGCGAGUUGCGGAAAAUUGCGCGCGAGGGCAUGUCAGGCGUGGACGUCGCGUGCGACAGGGGUAAGGGCAGCCUCGUCCACUGCGGCAUGGCCGACAGGGGGCGCUUCGCAGUCACGGCGGCGCCGUGUAGCGAGCUUGCCGAGGCCGCUGCCGGCGCCGACGAGGAGAUGGACGCCAACGCGGAGUUCCUGCGCCGUGGGGGCCAGGUCAACCUCGCGGAGGAGAAGGCGGCCGCCCGCGCGCGCGCCGACUGGGUCACGCGCGUGGAGCUGGCCACCCUCGAGGCGAGCAGCGCGGGCCAGGAGAAGCGCCGCGCCUACAUGGGCAGGGCAGCAGGACCCAUGUGGCAUGCGCGGCGGCGGAGCGCGGGCAUUUGCGCAGCGCUGACAGCGAGGUACUUGACCCUUAGGCGCAGCAGGGCGGACAGUAGACAGCAGCUCAAGUGCAUCAAUCAGUUGAAGCAGGAGGCAAAUACCAUGAACGAGCUGAACCAACAGGGGGUGUUCGGCCACGAGAUCGCAGAGUCAGAGCGCGCGAGGUGCUGCGAGGAUAUGGGCAACGUGGGGCUGAUGACGGUGACGGACCUGCAGAGUUGCUUCGAGACGCUGGAGAGGCGCCGGGCGAUUGCGCAGGCGAGGGGCACCACUUCGCAGCGACAACAAUUUACGAGAUGGGCUACGCAGAUGCGGUCAUCGAAACCCGGGGCGCCGCAUCGCCAUGUCAAGGAGAAGACGGCACAGCGGUAUGAAAUGGCGGUGGUUGGCAGAAGGUCAAGCCUCGAGUCCACUCUCUGCCAGUGCGCGGGCCCAGACACGGUGAUGGAAUUUACGGCCACCCUGUGGGGGGGCACCUGGACCGACCCCGUCGACGAGCGCACGGAUGAGGAGUUGCAGGAGAUCGCGCUCGACCAGGUGUAUUGCGGCAUCAACGCGGCCAGCGACAGCAAGGCGAUGGGUUUGGAUUCAGUGGACUGGGACCUGCAGCAGUGCGUAGACUACCUCACAAGGAAC